AACACCGUUCAUUGCUCAUCGCUUCUCUUUCCAGGGAAUGAGAGUAUAUGAGCAGUGCUACAUAGUUAAUAAAGAAUUGUCAUGGGGUCUUCCUCUCUUUGCAUCAUGUUCAUGCGUGUGCUUUUCUUAGUUUCUCUGUCCCAGCUUAUUGUUCUCACUCAUUCUUCUCCUUCUAUACAGUCACUAUGCCAUGAUGAUGAGAGUUCGGCCUUGCUGCAAUUCAAAAACAGUUUCAGCAUAAAAAGGUCUGAAUCUAGUGACCCAUUGGCUUGUCCCAAGGUUGCAUCUUGGACACUAGAAGGUCAAAACAGUGAUUGUUGCACAUGGGAUGGUGUUAUCUGUGAUGAGGACACAGGUCACGUGAUUGAACUUGAUCUGAGUAGCGGCAAUCUUUAUGGUUCAAUCAAUUCCAAUAGCAGUCUCUUCCAUCUUGUUCAUCUUCAAAGACUCAACCUCGCCUUCAACAACUUCAACUACUCUCAAAUCCCAUCCCAGGUAGGCAAUCUUUCAAGACUAACAUAUCUCAAUCUCUCUUCUUCCAUGUUAUCUGGUGAAAUCCCUGUUACCCUUAUGAACCUGACAAAGUUGACUUUUCUGGGGCUUUCGUCCAACAAUUUUCAAGGCCCAAUUCCAAGCUCAAUAGUCCACCUUUACAAUCUUGAGGUUCUUGAUGUUUAUAAUAAUAACUUGAAUGGCACCAUGGAACUUUGUAUGUUUCUUAAUAUGAAAAGCCUAGGCAUGUUGGAUCUUUCUCAUAAUGAAUUGUCAUUACUCAUUGGUGAAACAUGUACCAAUGCCACUUUGCCAAAGUUUUAUGGGUUAGAUUUGGCUGCAUGUAACUUGAUUGAAUUUCCAAAUUUCCUAAAAAACCAAGAUGGGCUACAGUGGCUAAGCCUAGCUUACAACAACAUUACUGGCCAUAUACCUGAGUGGAUGUGGCACAUAAGUAAAGAAAGUUUAAGGGUUAUGGAUCUUUCUUUCAAUUUUCUCACAGGCUUUGAUGGUCAAGUUCCAAUUCCUCUUCCAUGGACUAAUCUAGCCAUUCUAGACCUUAGCUCUAACCAGCUCGAAGGGUCACUUCCUAUUCCACCAUCCUCCACUUUGCGCUAUAAUAUUCCAAACAAUAAGUUGAGUGGAAGAAUUUCACAAUGGAUUUGCAACAUGACUUCUAUUCAGAUGCUUGAUUUGUCUAAUAACAGCUUAAGUGGUUCACUUCCUCAAUGUUUGAACAAGUUUGGUGAUUCUUUAUUAGUGCUUAAUCUACAAAAGAACAAACUUGAGGGAAGCAUUCCACAAACUUGGGCAAAGGGAACCCAAUUGCGAAUGAUAAAUUUUAGUGAAAACAAAUUCCAAAACCGGUUACCAACAUCAUUGGCCAAUUUAAUGAUGCUAGAGGCUAUUGAUCUUGGUGUCAACCAAUUCAAUGAUUCUUUUCCCUAUUGGGUUGGAAUCAUUGGACAUUUCUUUAAACAGACUCUCAGGGGAGAUCCCACAACAGCUAAUACAACUUAAUUUCUUACAAUAUUUC